AUGUCCCAUGUUGGAAGGUCAGCUGGAAAGAAAAUUGUAGUUAAAUCUCGGUAUAGAUCGGCAUCUGUGUCAAGAAAAACAGUUUCUGCAUCCUCUCCAAACCGCGACACACUUCCAUCUUUUAGCAUUAAUGAUUCAGUGGCCUCAAGUAUUCCUUCUAGGAAAAUGAGCACAUCUUUAUCUUCAAGAACCGUCUCUAAACAGUCACCUUUUCUCUCCGACGAAGAGUUGAUGAAGUGGUCCAAUCGUACAUUGUGGAAAUUUUUAGUUUUAAAAUCAAGAAGGGCACUUGAAAUUCAAGUAGACCAGGAAGAUACUCUUCGGAAAACUAUUAUGAAAAAGCGCGUAAUUGAUGGUUGGCUUAAACAAUGGCUAGUAAACCAGAAGUCUCUAGAUGAGGAGGUUGAAAUCUACAGAAAGAUGGUUUCUUUAUUGGAAGGAGAUACGGGAGUUAUUAGUCUUUUGCGGCGUUUUCAUGACAACUAUCUUGCACCUGUGAGCAGUCGUCUUCCUGUUCAUGAAGUUACAAUUGGUGACGAUCUAUUAGCGAAUUUGAAAUAUGCGUUUGAGGCGCAAAACCAGGCAAGGGCUCAUAUUUAUUUUGGCAGUGUUGGAAGUGGGGACAAUGGGUAUGGCAGAAUGAAGAAUCUUACUGCUCUUAGCUCCAGAAACAUCGAACUGUUUCUUGUUUUUUCUUAUUUGAGGUCUGUUAAAGCUCAUAAUCUUCAUAUGGAAAGCCUGGGUGACAGUUACAUACGAUAUCGGGGUUCAUUAAUUAAAACUUGCUUGGAACAACAAAAGAAGGGUCUUGAUCUACUCAGUCAGCAGAUUUCCGAGUUAUCACGAGCCGUGCAGACUUCCGUUGCCUGGACUGCUAAUCGUGAGGAUGUGUUGUCCAAAUUCACCGAAGCUUCUCGUCUCCUUCUUCAUCAUGCCUCUUUGCAUGCUCACCGUCGGCAACUUGAAAUAAUUGAGAAAAUCGACAAUCUCUUUCUCUGA